GCUGACUUCCCGGCAUCCUAAAUCAAAACAUAUUACGCGUUAUGUACAAUUUUCGGUUAUUUUCAUUAAAAUUGUGAAAUUGAAUAGUUAAUUACUUCACACUGUCGUUCACCUAAAUUAAAUAAUGGAUAGGGCAGAACAGGUACACGCACUGGAAGAUGGACAACGCAAUGCUCUGAAUUAUAAGUUUUCCCCGGAAGAAUUAAAAGUACUGCAGGAAUGUAACCGCGAAGCGUUCUUCCAACGGUCACUGCCGUUCGGAACGAUUUGCGGCAUCGGAACCUGGUAUGCUGUUCAGAGAGGAUAUUUAAAGGCUAGUCAACGUUUCGGUGCUGGACCAAAAGUUUUUAUCGGUAUUACCUUGGGAUACUUUAUGGGAAAGCUGAGCUACCAAACCAGGUGCGCUGAUAAAAUUAUGCGUAUUCCCAAUUCAAGACUUGCUGAAUUGAUUCGCCAGCGCCGGCAGGGUGGUCCUGGGGGUGUUGAGAGACUAUUGCCUGAUCAAGGUUUAGGUGCCGGUAGCAUGCUAUCUCCAUUUGGACCAACCUCUCCGAGUGACAGCUACACCGAGAAACAACUGGAUCGGUCCGAUACAUUCAACCUAGAUAUACACGUUCCGCAGUACUCCGGACUGGAUGACAGUGGGCGACCUACACUCGAUUCCAAUCAGGCAUUUGACGAGGAUCUCCAGCUGCCGCCAAGUCCUCAGGUGACCAAAUCCUACGAAGAACUACGGCGACAGAAUCGGGAGGAGUAUGUAAAACGACACCAGGCCCCCUAUCGGUCGCCGGUUCUAGACGACCAACCGCCGAUUAGGCGCGAGGUGGACCGACCGAAGUACGAGGAUCAACCCCAGCCAUCGCUACCCAAAAAUAAGUAUGGCGAUACUUGGUCACAAUGAGGGGGUAUUGUUCUUCAGCCGAUACAGGAUUGUUGAGUAAAUUUGAUGUAGCAUGUGCAACUGUUGUUCAAUAAAAUUGUGACAAUUAGUAA